AUGAGUGGACACACUAUCCCACGACUGGAAUUGUGUGCAUCUGUGUUGGCAGUGGAGAUUGCACAGUGUGUUCUGAAUCACCUUGGCAUACAAAUAGACUCUGUGAAGUAUUACACUGACAGCAAAGUAGUCCUCGGCUACAUCUGUAAUGAGUUUAGGAGAUUCUAUAUCUAUGUUGCCAACAAAGUAGAUAGCAUAAGGAAGUUUACAACUCCAAGCCAGUGGAAUUACGUGUCUACUGAUCAUAACUCUGCAGAUUUAGCAACGAGAUGUCUACCUGCACAUGAGCUUCAAGACAGCACUUGGUUACAAGGACCAAAACAACUUCUUGUUAAUAAACAGGAGGAUCAAAAUGAGAAUGAACAUUCACUCAUUAAGCCAGAUGAAGAUAAAGAGAUUCGCCCUAUUGUUUCAGCAAUGAAAAUCUGCACUGCAGACGAAGAUGGUGGACAACCAUACACUGCAAUGACUCAACGAUUCCAGCGAUUUUCUGACUGGAGGAAACUUGUGUUGGUCAUGAACUUUCUCAGAUACAUGCUUUUCAAGUGUCAAGGCAAAGACGUUGAUUCUAACACAGUAACUGAAAGAUACCAAGACACAGAGCACUUUGUGAUCCGAAUGGUGCAGUCUGAGGUGUACUGUGACGAGAUUGACUGUAUACGACAAAACAAGCCUCUACCUCGACGAAGCCCAAUCGCCAACCUCAAUCCAUUUUUAGAUGAUCAGGGACUUCUCCGUGUAGGAGGUCGGAUAGUCAACUCAAAAUUGACCUUGCGAGAGAAGAAACCAUUGAUUAUACCUGGACGCCAUCACAUAGAAACCUUACUGGUUCGACACUAUCAUGAGAAUGUCAAGCACCAAGGGCGUCACUUCACCGAAGGAGCUAUUACGGCUGCUGGACUUUGGAUAACAGGGGCCAAACGAUUUGUCUCAUCGAUUAUUCAUAAAUGUAUCACGUGCAGAAAACUCAGAGGGAAGACGCAGUAUCAGAUCAUGGCUGAUCUACCUGCAGACCGCCUUGACCCAUCGCCACCUUUCACAAACGUAGGUGUAGAUGCAUUCGGACCUUGGGCUGUAGUUUCACGUAAGACUCGAGGAGGUAGUGCCAACUCCAAACGCAGGGGAAUAUUGUUCACAUGCUUAACCACAAGGGCGGUGCAUAUUGAACUAGUUGAGGAAAUGAGUUCAUCUGCAUUUAUCAAUGCUGUCAGAAGAUUCACCGCCAUAAGGGGUCAGGUAAAGACUUUCCGUUCUGACCAAGGCACUAACUUUGUUGGGGCCGUAGAUGACUUGCGCAUUGAUGCCAUAUACGUCAACGAUGCACCCUUGAAGAAGUAUCUACACAAUUCUGGUACUGUAUGGAUCUUCAAUCCACCCCAUGCAUCCCACAUGGGUGGGACAUGGGAAAGAAUGAUCGAUAUUACCCGUAAGAUCCUCAAUUCAAUGCUGACUGAUGCCAGUGGAAAGACCUUAACGCACGAUGUGCUGAACAUAUUUAUGACUGAGGUCUGUGCAAUCAUUAAUUCAAGACCUCUUGUUCCGAUAUCCACUGACCAAGAUUCCCCAUUGAUUCUGACCCCAGCAAUGCUGUUGACACAGAAGACUGAGUAUGAGUUUAAGGCCAAUUUACUAGGAGACUUUGAUGGUCGAGACAUGUUCAAGGCUGAAUGGAGACGUGUUCAAGCUUUACUUAGUGUAUUCUGGUCUCCUUGGAAGAAGGAGUAUCUACCGCUACUUCAGAGUCGUAGGAAGUGGACCAAGAAUCAACGUGACAUAGCCGAAGGAGAUGUAGUUCUUAUAAAAGACAAGAGUGUUGAACAGAACUGCUGGCCUAUUGGCUUAGUUGUGAAAUCCUUCAAGAGUUCUGAUGAUCAUGUGCGAAAAGCUGAAAUUCGUAUCAUUGUGAAUGGAAAGCCUACAGUGUAUAUCAGACCAGUCGUUGACAUGAUACUUCUCAUUGAAAGUGAAAUUGUAUAA